AUGACUGUUCUUUUCAGAAUGUUUCAGGACAUUCGCUGCUACGUUUCCCUCUUCAAUGACGUGACCCCUACCGUCUCCAAGUACUGGAGUGGUCCCGUGGAGAUGUCUACCUACACCCACUCUGAGAUCGAGGCUUACUCCUGCGUUGCUGGGGAUGUUGCAUGCAACGCUGCCCCUGCUGUGAUCUCCGAGGCUGGUAAUUGGAGUGGCACUAUGAACAACCCCUAA